AUGUCGUACAGCGCUAAACGCACUCGGUUGUCAGGAGCAGAAUACCAGAAAAAACGUAUAGCACGUGAAUUAGAAAUAUCUAAACAAAAAGAUCGCAUUUUAAAUUUUUUUCAACCAGUACCAACUAGUAACUCCCAAAAUAAAAAUAAUAAUAUUUCUUCAGAUAACACAGAAAUUGAAAGUGACAAUACUGGUGUGUGUGAUAAUGUGCAGGCUCUUGUGGAAAAAGAAACGCAUGUUUCAGAAUCUAACUUAGAAAAUGAUGGUAAUUUAACUUUAAAAGCUAAAACUUCCCCAGAAGAUUAUUGUGAAAGUAUUGAAUGCCAUGAAGAUUUGUUGAUUGAGGGUAAUGAAGCGAAUAACAUAACACUUUCCAUUGUAAAAGAUGAAACGUUACACAAUAAUUCCAAUUGUGAAAUGGUUGAACAAAAUGAUCAAGAUUUUAGUCUAGUAGAAGAUACACCUGCAGAUUCGUUUGACCUUGAAUUAUUAAAAGAUCCAAAGAUGUGGCCAGUUAUUUGUGAUAAAAUACGGAUGUUUUUAGUUCAAAAGGGCCCUUAUCAAACACAUUCGAAAUCGUACCCAAAAGAUGAUACAGGUCGAAGAUUUACAAUCAAUCAUUUUUUUAGAAAAUUAAGUAAUGGAAUGGAGGUAAAACGAUCAUGGUUAGUAUAUUCCGGUACGGGUGAUUCUGUAUUUUGUUAUUGCUGUAAAUUAUUUAAUGAGACAAAAUCGUCUUUAGGCAAAGAGGGAUAUCAUGAUUGGAAGAACAUUGCUGAAACGUUAAAACAACAUGAACGGUCUCCGCAUCAUGAAACAUCUUUUCUUAAGUGGAAAGAACUAGAAAUAAGAAUAAAUAAUUCAAAAACCAUAGGCAAUAUAAAUGAAAAAAUAAUAAAAACGGAAAUUCAACAUUGGAGACAAGUUAUAGAAAGAAUAAUAUCAUUAAUAAGAGUACUUGGAAAUCAAAACUUAGCUCUACGGGGAACUCACGAUAAACUCAAUUUAGAAAAUAAUGGAAAUUUUUUAAAAUUCAUUGAGUUUUUAGGUAAAUUUGACCCAGUUAUGAAGGAACAUAUAAGAAGAAUAACCUCCGAUGAAAUACACACUCAUUAUCUUGGAAAAGAGAUACAAAAUGAGAUAAUUAAUUUAUUAGCGAAAAAAAUUAGACUUCAUAUAUUAAAUUGUCUGAAAAAAGCAAAAUACUAUUCAAUUGUUCUCGAUUGUACGCCAGAUAUUAGCAAUAAAGAACAAAUGACUAUGAUUUUCAGAUUUGUCACGAUUUCAGAAGAUACUGGUGAAGUCACUAUAAAUGAACACUUCGUAGAUUUUAUUCAACUAUAUGAUACAUCUGGAUUUAAUAUGACAAAAGUCCUAUUGGAUAAAUUAAGAGAAUUUGAAGUUAAACUUGAGGAUAUGAGAGGUCAAGGCUAUGACAACGGAGCGAAUAUGCGUGGAAAACAUAGUGGUGUUCAAGCAAGAAUUCUUGAACUAAAUUCUAGAGCUUUUUAUGUACCAUGCAAUGCGCAUACUUUAAAUUUAGUUUUAAAUGAUUCUGCUAAUUGUUGCCUUGAAGCUGUCUCGUUCUUUAGUUUAAUUCAAGCAAUUUACAAUUUUUUUUCUUCAUCAACUCACCGUUGGGAUAUAUUGAUUAAAUAUUUACCCGGUUUAACUGUAAAACCACUAAGUGCUACUCGGUGGGAAAGUAGAGUGGAUGCAGUUAAAGCUAUUAGAUUCCAAUUAAAUGAAAUAUGUGAUGCAUUGUCAGAUAUUGUAGAAGAUAACACUUUAACUAAUGCAUCUGGUGUUAAAAGUCGUUCUGAAGCCCAAGGAAUUUUAAAAAAAAUAUCCGACUUUAAAUUUGUGAUGUGUUUAGUAAUAUGGUAUGAUAUUUUAUAUGAAAUUAAUAUUUCGAGCAAACUUCUCCAAUCACCCUCGCUUGAUCUAUCAGAAGCUACUAACCAAUUAAACAUCACAAAAAAGUUCUUGGAAGAUUAUCGUUCUGAAGAAGGUUUUAAAAAAACAUUAAAAACUGCAAAAGAAGUUGCUAAAAAAGUUGGAAUUGAUGACAAAUUUGAUAGUUUACAAAGAUCGAGACGUAAGGCGAUUCUUUUUAAUUAUGAAUCUCAGGAUAACCCUAUAAAUGAUCCAGAAAUUCACUUCAAAGUUAAUUUUUUUUAUCAAGUUUUGGAUACAGGUAUUCAGUCAAUAAUUGAAAGAUUUGAUAAGCUAUCUGAGCAUAACAGUUUAUUUUCGUUCUUAUAUAACAUAUCAAUAAUUGAAGAUGAAAAUGAGUUGUUAAAACACUGCAAGGAUCUACAACUUUCUCUCACUUCUAACGACGGUUUAAACACAGAUAUUAGUGCUGUAGAAUUACAUCAAGAAAUUAUCGCAUUUAAAAGAUGUUCAAGGACUGAAAAAAGUGAUCCACGCAAGGUUUUGGAAUACAUAUGUAAAAGGAAAAUGGUGGAGCUUUUUCCUAACCUGGUCACAGCACUUAAGAUCUUACUGACAUUACCUAUAACUGCAGCUAGUGCCGAAAGAUCAUUUUCAAAACUGAAAAUUAUUAAAAACUAUUUGCGGUCCCAAAUAUGUCAAAUGCGUUUAGUUGGUCUGGCAGUUCUUUCAAUUGAAAAGGAUGUAUCAAACAAAUUGGACAUGGAAGAAAUAAUAGAAGAGUUUGCAACAUUAAAAGCCAGAAAAAUAAAAUUUAUAUAA